CGCCUUGGCACCCCAGCCGUAAAUAGACAACCCCAGCGACUCACUUAACAACCAUCAAAAUAUCUCCGCCCCACGACACAGGCGCGCAAGCGUGACAAGCUUCAUCGUGUCGAGAGGGUGAGACAGCAACUGGGCAGCGCUUGACAAACGCAUGGCCUGUAUCAAGCUCUGAGUCAAGAGCUAGACAUUGUCGCUUGAUCGCUAGACUGACCUCAUUACUUAGCUAGAGCAGACCAACAGGCUGCCACACACUUACUCUUUAUCCAGCACUCUUAUCACGGCCUGGCAUCUACAGCAGUACCAAAUCCGUAUCAAUCCAUCUUCCUGUCCAGCGACCAACACUCGGGCCAAAGGUGUGAAGACGGACACUAGUACCCGAUAUGGAAGUCGACGCAGCAUCCUUCCCGCAUCACCUGCUUGGCCUAUUCAUCCACAUCUCCGAGGCUGACUUCGUGUCAUUCGACCUCGAGCUAUCUGGCAUUCCGUCACGGCUCCCCAACAAGCCUCCUCGCGGUCCUGGGCGCUUCACCCUCGAGGAACGCUAUGCUGAGACCAAAGCUGGCGCCGAUCGCUACCAGAUCCUCCAGGUCGGUAUCACAUGCGCCAGGUUCGACUAUAUUGCGAACAAGUAUGUUCUGCGGCCCUAUAACAUCAACAUCAGCCCGCUCCUAGAUGAGCGACUGGAUUUCGAAAGAGAAGUCACCUUCCAAAGCGGUGCUUGCACAUUUCUCCUCAAUAAUGGCUUCGACCUGGGCGCACCAUUCGCCAGUGGUGUCCAGUACCUAUCCCGGCAAGAGGCAGAACGUGCAAAACAACUGGCUUGGGAUAGACUUGACAAGAAAAAUCCCGUCGAAGACCUACAGCUAAAGCCCGAGGACGUCGACUCGCUCGACUUUCUCCGUCGCAUAAGGGAAGCCAUUACCCAUUGGAGGACUACCUCCUCCUCAUCUCUAGAAGUGACAACGCAUACCGGCUUCAAGGAAAAACCUUUAGUCCCAGCCAUUACACGCUUCGAAAAGCGACUUGUGCAUCAACUAGUACGCGCCGAGUUCCCGGAUUUGGUGUCCAUGGGCAGAGCAGAUUGCAUGCGCAUCAUCGACUUCGACCCUGUGCGGGAGGCGGAUAACACACGCAGAAUCAAAAACCGCGUCAAAGAGCAGAUUAUUCGGCAAACAGGCUUCCGCUGGGUAUUCGAAGCGCUUGCGCAAGGUGGAGACAUCGACCGAGCAGACGCUCUCUACGUCGCUCGUCCGAAUAACGGCAUGGGCAUGACGACCGACACGUACGAUAUCAAAGAUCGAUACGACCGUGCAAUCGAACGUCUGAAUACGAAGAAGCCUGUGCUGGUAGGCCACAAUAUGUUCACCGAUGUGGUCUACUUCUAUCGAACUUUCGUCGGCGAAUUACCGGAGACUUUACAGGGCUUUCAAGACGCCAUCCACGAGUUGUUCCCCAAGAUCAUUGAUACAAAGUAUCUUGCGACACAUGCUGAGGGCGAUCUCAAUGCAUCGCCCACCCUCCAGGAGAUAGCUGCGGGGCUAAGCAAUCAAUCACUGCCAAGUAUUGUCACCCAUGCAGAUCACUCCAAGUAUCAAGAAACCGAAGCCUUCCACGAAGCCGGCUACGACAGUCUCCUAACUGCCACCAUCAUGCUCCGGUUAGCUGCCAAGCUCGGCGCAGAGCAAAAGGAGCAGGCACCAGCACCGCGCUCAGGUCCUCCUUCCGAACCCGCCAAGACUUCCGAAGACGUGCAAGACUUCUUACGCGACGGACGAGAAAAGGUCAGGGGUUCAGUGCCGCUACCACCAGUCGAGCAAUCUCAUCAAAUGAGCCCAGAUACCACGAAGAACAAGGCAAAGCGGGAUGCUAAGGCCAACAGUAAGGAUAGCAAGUCCGAGAAUGCGGCUGGGCUACGCUUCCAUACCAAGAAUGUCUUCGACAGCCUACGAGAGCUCACCUUGAGCCCUAAUGCAGAGACAACGCCCCCCUCAGCGGACGAAAAUUCUACCCGGAUGUACACCUCAACACGGAAUAAAAAGCAAGAAGAAGCAGCAGGGUCAUGGGAGAACGAGGUUUACGUGCAAGAUAAGACGGGCUGGGUGCCUAUAGACCAAUUGCAACGCCGCAAAAUGGAGAUCAUUCCAACUUUUGACUCGGACUUUUGGAAAGAGUUUGGGAACAAGUUACGUGUAUUUGGAACGCAGGAAGCGGUGCUCAAGAUAGCGGACUGGGAGGGUUGAGAUUAUCCGCAGCGGUUGGAAAGAGCGAGGUGUAUACUGUUGUGAAAGUGCAUGAGCUGUUGCUUUAUGCGGCUUGUAGGAGGAAAAGUGUGAACAUGUGUAUAUCAACUUGCACAUCCUCUCACGUAAGUGCCUAAGUAGCGUUCAUCGGGGUUUCACGAUCACUCGCCGGUUUC